GCAGCCCUCAGUGCCGUCCGGGCUGAAAGCAUCGGAGCUAUUUCAGACACAUUAAAAGGAUCACAGUCAGUACCUCAGCUGGUGGAAGAAGGUGCCUCUUUCAGCAUCGAAAGGAGGUGCACAUACUUGACGGGAUAAGCCUCUGUCUUAAAAAUGUCAAAACAGCCAGCAUCACAUGUCAAAGCCAUCCAGGCUAAUAUUAACAUCCCAAUGGGAGCAUUUCGACCUGGUGCAGGGCAUCCUCAUAAAAGAAAAGAACUUACACCUGAAGAAGUGGAGGAGAGUGCUCCUGCUUCAACAGAGGAGGAGAAAGACAAGAAACAUCUCCCAGGAGCUAAGAAACUUCCAGGUCCUGCUGUCAACUUGUCAGAGAUUCAGAACAUAAAGAGUGAGCUGAAGUUUGUCCCCAAAGCUGAACAGUAGCUGGAACAAGCAGGUGAGUAAAAGAG